AUGUCUGGCUUCCGAUUUUGGUGGCAACCCAAGGAUCGGGAGUUCCAACAUUUCCCGCGGCUGCCAUGGGAACUCCAAGACCGGAUUUGGGAGCACGCCAUUAAGGAAGAGAGCGAGCAACGCAUUAUGAUCAUCGCAAGCCACGUGCGACGUCUCAUGCCCAGCCCAUGGCUCGUAUCUUCGUUUCUGCUUGUCGACAGGCGGUCGAGAGGAAGAGCACUAGCCAAGUAUCCCGUUGUGCUGGAAGUAUUCAAUUCCCCAGUCCCAAAAGAAGCUUUCAACAAAGACUUCUCCUCCAGUGUCGAUCCUAGCGACAUUGAAUCAAAGCACGACGAGUUCACACGUCAUACAUACAAGUAUGGCCUACCCCGUGGCAGAGUGUACCUCAAUCUUCACAGCGGCAUAUGCAUCUACACGCCAACGCCCUCUUACGAGUGGUGCCGCAAAGUUCAUCAAGACUUCCUUCCGCCCGGACUCAUUCGCGGUGAAGAACACUCGUACAGGACUAAGUCCACAAUUACUACAGUGUUGAACCUGACAUCCGAAAUCCCACAUGAACACAUCCUGGACGACGUGGAACCUUUUGUCACCAAUGCCCAUCGGCAGAUUGAUUCUGCCGCCAUUAUCCGACUCACCCCCGACGGCCCAGUCCACGUUCCCAAAUUGGGAAUGGCGAUCGCCUGGACCUCGGUUCCCAAGUUCAUUCAUGAUGCCAGGGAUUAUGACGCGGAUCUGUUCAUCACAGAGUAUGUAGAAGAGUAUCAAGAAUCCGAGCCUGCCAGUGAAUACAACUGCUGGCCUGAAACCGAGCCCGACACUGAACCCGACAUUGAACCUGAUACCGAGCCUGAUACUGAACUUGACACUGACACCGAACACGAUAUCGAGCCCGACAAUGAGCACGAUACCGACAACGACACGAAGAAGGACAUAGACGAGGAUGAUGACAACGACGCGAACUAA